AUGGCGUUUCUCGGUGUGUUGUCAUUCCCUCUUUUUUUUUUUUUUUGGCCUCAUGGGCGUUUUGGAUCACUUAUUAUUAUUAUUAUUAUUUUCGCUUGCCGACCGGCAAUACUUUCAACUCGAGUCGUGGGGACUUUGGGAACAACUUCUUUCUAUUAUUUAUUUAUUUAUUUAUUUAUUUUAUUUUAUUUUGCCUUUUUAACAAUAACAGCAGCAGAAGAAAUAGAAGCGAAAAGGAGUAAAGGAGUCGCUUUAAUGCAAAGCACUUUAAUUCUUAAAAAGACCGUUGACGACGUCUGGCCGCUCACGGCCAAGCGUGUGCUCAUCCGCGUGGACUUCAACGUCCCUAUUCAUAAUGGGAUCAUCACGAACGAUUAUCGCAUCCGCGCCGCCAUCCCCACAAUCCGUCGUGUGAUUGAUCAAGGGGGCAUAUGUAUCUUGAUGAGUCACCUUGGCCGCCCCAAAGGCGUGUCAUACACCUCUGCGAAGAAAGACAUUCAAAAGAGGUACCAUGGAGGGCUGUUUAACGACAGCAGAGGGAAGACCGCCUUUUUUGCCGUACUUUCGGGUGAGGAGAAGGCAAAGAUUUUGGCACUCUCCAGUGCAAAGGAUGAGGCUUCCAGACUUUCACUCAGCGAGGGGUCUGGCAAGACUGCUGUCUUUUCACGGUUGCCGGAAGAGGAGAAGCAAACGUUGCUAGUGCGGUACAUUUCUGAAAAUAAAGAACAAAUCUUUCCGCAGCUCAGCCUCAGUUCAGGAUAUGAAGAAAAACUUACUCUACGACCAAUUGCCGUGCGACUUGCUGAGUUGCUUAAUCAACACGUUUACUUUGCUCACGAUUGUAUGGAUGCCAAGAUGGAAAUAAGUCUUCUCAGGAGAGGUGAGGUUAUGCUGCUCGAGAACGUGCGCUUCUACGUGGAGGAGGGAAGCAAGAAGGAGGAGGAGCGUGACGCAAUGGCACGCGUGCUGGCGUCGUACGGCGACGUGUACAUCAGUGACGCCUUUGGCACAGCCCACCGCGAGAGUGCGACGAUGACGGGCAUUCCAAAGGUGCUUGGCCACGGUGCCGCCGGCUACUUGAUGGAGAAGGAGAUCUCGUACUUCGCGAAGGUGCUGGGCAGCCCAGCGCGGCCGCUGGUGGCGAUUGUGGGCGGCGCUAAAGUGAGCGACAAGAUCCAGCUGCUGGACAACAUGCUGCAGCGCAUUGACCACCUGAUCAUUGGUGGCGCGAUGGCGUACACGUUUCUGAAGGCGCAGGGCCACAAGAUUGGGAGCUCGAUGUGCGAGGAGGACAAGCUGGACCUCGCACGCUCGCUGCUGAAAAAGGCCGAGGACCGCAAGGUGACUGUGCUGCUGCCCGUGGACCACGUGUGCCACACCGAAUUCAAGGCUGUGGAGGCACCGUUGGUGACGGAGGGCGUGGACAUCCCUGACGGCUACAUGGCGCUGGACAUCGGCCCGAGGACGAUUGAGAAGUACGUUGAGGUUGUGGCGAAGUGCAAGAGUGCGAUCUGGAACGGUCCGAUGGGUGUGUUUGAGAUGGCGCCGUACUCGAAGGGCACGUUUGCGAUCGCGAAGGUGAUGGGCGACAGCACGCAGAACCAUGGGUUGAUGAGCAUCAUCGGUGGCGGCGACAGUGCGAGCGCAGCGGAGCUGAGUGGCGAGGCGCCGCGCAUGUCCCACGUGUCGACGGGUGGUGGCGCGUCGCUGGAGCUGCUGGAAGGCAAGACUCUUCCUGGCGUUGCCGUGCUGGACGACAAGGAGUAA